GCGUGAAAAGACGAUUCUGCCUCAGGGAGUGCUGAAAGAUGUCCACCCGGUACCACCAGGCAGCCAUGGACGGCAACCUGGAAUUGCUGAAAGAAGCCACUCGAAAAGAUCUCAACACGGCUGACACAGAUGGGAUGACACCCACCUUGUUGGCUGCUUAUCACGGACACCUGGAGGCAGUGGAGGUCAUUUGCCGAAGAGGGGGGGAUCCAGACAAAUGCGACAUUUGGGGCAAUACCCCUCUCCACCACGCAGCCUCUAAUGGUCACAUCCAUUGUGUUUCCUUCUUAAUCAACUUUGGUGCCAAUAUCUUCUCCCUUGAUAACAACAUGCGCUCUGCUCUGGAUGCAGCGGCCAACAGGAACCAGUACGAAUGUGUCCAAAUCCUUGACAAUGCUGCUACUGAGCAGGGCAUCAAAAACCCCAAAAGAGUCUCCCGUCUGAAGGCCCAUGCACAGCGUGACGUUCAGAGGCAGAUUCGAGAAUGUGAACGACGCCAAGAGAGGCAUGAGCAUGAAAUGAUCAGACAUUACAACAAGACGCAUGCCGAAAGAGAAACGCCCACCCGGACACGUGUGUCGAAUUUUUUUACCACCCGCUCACUAGGGGCCCUACCCAAACAUUUGAAGGACACCUUCAGGCUAAAGACAAAAAAGAAAGAGGAGGAUUCAGAAGACCUGGACACAGGGAGCAAUAACCAAGCAAAGGACAUUCCAGUUGGCCGAACCACUGUGAUGGACAUGUUCAGUGAAAACGAGGAGGAAGAACCAGAAAACCUGGGCAAAACCAGCGUUUCUGAAGAUGGUCAGGUAGAACAAGAGUCCAUUUUUAACCGUCCAGGUCUUGGUAACAUUGUUUUCCGAAACAACUUGGCCACUGGCAUAACCGCUGCUCCUGUGUUGCCUGAGAAAGAAGAGAUCAGUUUCCAAAUACCGGAUGAAUUGUUUCAAUUCAAAAGGUCGGAGGUGGCCAGUGACCCAGAUUUGGAGAAUGUUCCUGAGGAAUCUUGGAUCGAGGAAGAAAUUGGGUGGGAUGAUGGCAGCACAGAGACCACCCCCCUCGAAGUCUUUCUUGCAUCACUGGAGCUGAAUGAAUUCCUUCCUAUCUUGAUGAGAGAAGAUACCGAUUUAGAGACUCUCAUGCUGUGCUCUGAUGAAGACCUCCAGAGCAUACAGAUGCAGCUGGGUCCAAGGAAAAAGAUCCUCCAUGCAGUAAACAGAAGGAAGGAAGCACUGGCAAAGCCAGGCAAGGCAGAAGACACCAAGCUGUAACUUAUAAAGCUCCUUGUUGCAAUAAAUUUCUGCACUAAGA